AUGUUGGACGAGCUGGACAAUGUCUUCGAUGACCAUCCGUCAUUGGAUGCGUCGCUCGAGGACUUCGAGAACAACAGCAAUCCCCAUCGUUCACCCAUCUUUGGUCUCCCUUCCCAACACUCAGGAUUUAGGUCAGAGGAGUCGGAUGGUGAGGAAGAAGAGAAUACCCCCACCAGUGAGCGUUGGUCGCCUCCAGGCUUUCGAAGGUAUGACCAUGUUCCAGGAAGUGGCUGGUACCGACACCAACCCUACCUGCGCAACGUCGACCAGGGCCGGUUGGGCCUGAAACCGACCGUAGGACUCAGCCCAUCGCAGUCGCGCGAACCUAGCCCGCAAUAUGAGGAUGCGCUGGAAGUUCCUGUUGUCGGUGACCGCAGUCUCUCCGCUGACACUGGGGAUCUCACUCUCGCUGCCAAUGUACCCUUGCCCCCCGAGGCCGAUUCACCACCCAAGGGCCGGUCGCCCAGUCCCGCUCGAGCGCCUCACAGGCUUAACCCUGAUACCGAGGGAUUGGACUUUAGGUCGGAGAAUAACAUAAGCAAUUAUAUCCGGUUCGCUGUGCGCGCAGAAGUUCAACACCGGGAACCUUUUGUCGCAUUAUUUGGUUACUUGCGAUCAAAGCUCGAUCGCAUUACUAGCUCCAAGUCCAACACCACCCUAUCCGUCCUUAUCGUCCUAAUGUCCAUCACAUUCAUGCGCGCGCUGUUUAUGCCCGGUAUCCCGCAAGCGAUUCCAGACCUUGUCAAGCUCUCAAGCUUUGCGCGCUCCUUUGAACCGCUCAUCUACUACUCCGAGAAUGGUGUGCAGCAGAUUGGAACCCUACAAGAGACCGGUGUUGCUGUCUGGGAUCUGAGUGAGUCGGUUCGUGGGACCAAUAUGACCAGUGCGCCCAUUAUUGUACGCCAGCUGGACGAGCUGUCCGAAUCGCUCAAGUCGCUAUCGUUGGAACUGACGCGCUUUUUCGCCAAUGUCGACUCAGAUGUUGACUCGAUUUUAAUCGUUAUGGAUUGGGCUAAGCGCGAGCUAGAGACCUUGUCGUCGCAACCCCCGAGCACCCUUCCGUCUAUUAUGUUUGACAAUUUGCAUGAAAUGCUGUCGCGACUCGGCAAUCUCGAACGGGUUACCGUCCCUAGCGGUGAAGCAACCAGCACCGAGCUUGCCAGUACUCCUACCACAUUUGGAACCAUUGUAACGACCAUCUUUGGACAGACCUCGGCGCAGCGCACCCGAUCCACGCUCACACGAACCUUUACCGAGUUUCUAUCCGUGCUUGAGGAAUCGAUCAACAGCGAACUGACCCACUCGACCGCGCUAUUCGCGCUAUUCGAAUCCAUCGACCGGCAGUUCCUGAACCUGCAGCGAACUGUGGUUCGCGAAUCCGACGCACAGGAGCGCGCUGAAGGCGAAAUGCUCAGUUCCUUGUGGACGCGCGUACUUGGCCCUGAUGCCGCUGUGAUGCGCAAGUACGAAAAGAACAAGCGCCUGCUCGCCAACGUACGCAGUCGCACUGUCGCAAACAAGCACCUCCUCAUGGACCACCGAGGGCGCCUCUUAACUCUCAAGGUCAAUCUCGAGACACUGCGUCGCAAACUCGUCAGUCCGCUAGUCCGGCGCAACGACUCAGUGAGCUUCUCUGGCGCUAUCGAAACAGGGGGGAACGGCCGGACACUGGGACCAGUAGAUGCCGUAAUUGAAGGACAGAUCCGCGGCCUAGAAGGCAGCUAUGAGUAUCUUCGCUCUGUGCGGGAGAAGCAAAAGGCCAAACUCAUGGAGAUGGUAUAUGGAGCUGGGCGCAAAAUGCCGUCGAAUCCGCUACUUUCAGACAGCCCAGAUGAUGCGGGUGCGGCAAUGGACAACAUCUAG